UGAAAAAUGAGCGACGUUAGACUCAAGAUCCGCCACGUUAAGAGAGGAGGAGAUACAAAGUUAGACCUAUCUAACAUGGGACUCAGCGAGAUCCCAAAUGAUGUCUUCAGUCUCUCCACACUAGAGACUCUAGAUAUUUCCGGAAAUUCUAUAAGAUCUUUGGACAAAAUUUCUUCAUUGACAAAUUUGAAAAAUCUAUAUGCUCAGAAAAACAAGAUUAGUUCAUUGCCAGAAGACAUGGUCGCUCUUACAUGUCUUGAGAACUUGAAGCUCGAAGGGAACUCCGUAGCAGUAACGAACUCGGAUUUGUCAGUAGUUUUUGGAAUAACAAGCGUUCGGGCAGCUCUCAGGGAUUAUUUCGAUAAAGCAAAAGAUUCUUCCUUCUCAGAUACCUCCAAGCCCAGCUUCCUAGGUUCUUCAAAUCUGAAUGAUGCAUCUUAUCUCAGGAAAAAGAUAGCUGACCUUCAGAUGGAGAUUGCUGAAUUGAAAGGAGGUAGUGCCGGUGCUGGUAAGAAGUCCCUUGAAGAGCAAAAGAACUGGCUCAGUGGUAAAAGUUCUUCCUAUGGAGCCAGACCUCAGACUGCCUCAUCCCAACUCAAAAAGGUUAAAGAGCUUGAAGAUGACCUAAAGCGUGAAAGACAAGAUAAUAAAUUGUUAAGAUCUGAAGUCACUCUUCUAAAGAACGAAAUGUCUAAAUCAAAAAUUCUUACAAGCGCUGCUGGAGAAGAAGGCACAAUAGGAGUCAUCCCCGGAGUAAUGGAAAUAGCAUAUGAAGAGCUUGAGAUGGAUGACCAAAUUGGCCAAGGUGGCUUCAGUGUCAUCAAAGUUGGUAAAUGGAGAAGCACAGAUGUAGCUAUUAAGAUCAUCGUCGAUCCAGUUAUUACAGAUGAUCUUAUUGCUGAGGUUAGAAAUGAAGUCCAGAUGCUUUCAAUCCUCAGACAUCCUAAAAUAGUUAUGCUCAUGGGAAUGUGCUCAAAGACCAGUAAUAUGGCUAUUGUUUUUGAAUAUAUGCCUAAGGGAUGUUUGUUUGAUGUUCUUCACACCACAGCUACAGAAAUCUCUCAAGACCAGAGACUCAAAAUUGCCUAUGACAUCUCAGAGAUCUUCUCUUUCUUGCACCAGUCAGGAGUUGUACACAGAGACCUAAAGAGUUACAACAUCCUAGUAGAUCACGAUUUGAACAUUAAAUUGUGAGAUUUUGGUCUUUGUAAGUUCAAGGCUGACCUGAACAGGGGUACAAUGCAGUUCUCUGGAACUCCAUCUUACAUGGCUCCUGAACUAUUCAAGAAAAAGUCAUAUGAUGAGAAAGUAGAUGUAUUUGCAUUUGGAACCCUCCUCUGGGAACUCGUGUGCAGAGAAGUUCCAUAUGAUGGCCUUGAUCCAACUGACAUCAAAGAAAAAGUAUGAGGUGAAGAACUCCUCAAGGUCCCAUUUGGAGUGAACAAAACCGUAGCGACCCUAAUCAAGGACUGAAGAGCUCUUGAUCCAGCUGAUAGACCAGACUUUGAUUACAUCCAAGGUGUUCUAAAAGAAUUUGCUUAAACCCAAGAAUGAUUAGCAAUAAUAGAGUAGAAUCCAGCAACAAAGUUUUC